AUGAUGGAGAACAAGGACAGUAUAUGGUUUCCAGAAGUCUUCAACUCUUCCUGCAGGAGACCAGCAUUUCACUGGUCUGAAGCUGUGCCCCUGAAUACCCUGCUGUGCUCCAUCUCUGUAAUCACCAUAGCUCUGAACCUCCUUGUCAUCAUCUCAGUCUCCUACUUCAGCUCUCUUUUUACCACAAUGGACUGGUACAGCAUCCCCAUCACUGCAGCUGCCGCACCAAUCCUUCUGUCAAUCUCCCGCUCCCUUCUGCCAUCACUCGUGAACAAGACCCUGAGACACUUAAACUCCUCAACUUGGGACAGGAACUCGUCUCUGACCUGGAGUGGGCACUCCACCCUUUUCCAGCUGAAGACCAUGGCCUCCAAUUUUGAUGUGCUGAUUCUCAUUCCCACUUGGCUGCGAACUAUUCCUAUGGGUGUAGACACGAUGGAGCAGGUAGAUGAUGGUGUCCUCAGGGCAGGGCUGGUAAGCAAACUGAAGGGGAUCCUGAUGUGGUCUGACUAUGGGUUGGAGCUGGUCCAGGAUAAGUCCUUCCAGAGUCUUCAUGAAUACACGCGUAAACCAAGACAGUUCUACAAUAUCCAGACCCUUCAGGAACUCAGGACGAACCUCAUCCCCCCCAGGGGCCCUGCCACCAAGGAGUUGUUGUUUAACUGCCUCACCCUGGAGAUAGAUGAGUCAUCGCCCUUGUCCCUAGACUGCUUCCUCCAAAGAAGACGUGCCAGUGAGCUACAGGUCUGUCUGAAAAUGGAUACACAGGACGUGGCAGAGCUCUGUUUUCCACAACUCUUCAACACCUCCUGCAAGAAACCUAUAACUCCUCUGUCAGAAUUUGUGUUCCUUCAUGUUGUGUUGUCCUCCAUCUCGCUGCUAACUGUGACUCUCAACCUGCUCGUCAUCAUCUCAGUCUCCCACUACAGGCAGCUUCAUACACCCACUAACAUCCUCCUCCUCUCUCUGGCUGUCUCAGACUUUCUUGUUGGUCUCCUGUUGAUGCCUGGAGAAAUCCUCCGAAAUACAGCCUGCUGGUUUCUCGGUGACCUCACCUGUUUUAUGUACGAUUAUAUGUCUUUAAUUGUUACCUCUACCUCAGUGGGAGACAUGGUGUUAAUAUCAAUUGACCGCUAUGUGGCUCUUUGUGACCCUCUGCAUUACCCCACCAGAAUCACAGACAGAAGAGUGAAACUCUCUGUCUGUCUGUGUUGGCUCUCUUCUGUUUUCUAUAGCAGCCUGUUUGUAAAGGAUGAUCUAACUCAUUCAGGGAAGCAUAAUUCCUGCUAUGGAGAAUGUACAAUUGUUGUUGACUUAAUUACAGGAACGAUUGACCUUCUUUUAACCUUUUUUGUUCCAGUUACUGUCAUUGUAGUUCUGUAUCUGAGAGUAUUUGUGGUGGCUGUGUCUCAGGCUCGCGCCAUGCGCUCUCAUGUUACAGCUGCUGCUCUGCAGCUUUCAGUGACUCUAACAACAAAGAGAUCAGAGUUAAAAGCAGCCAGGACUCUGGGUGUUCUUGUAGUUGUGUUUCUACUGUGUUUCUGCCCUUAUUAUUGUGUUACUCUUGCCAGGGACGACCUACUCAAUAGUUCAUCUGUAUCCUUUUUGCUCUAUCUGUUCUAUUUUAACUCAUGUCUAAACCCUUUGAUCUAUGCACUGCUCUACCCCUGGUUUAGAAAAGCUGUGAAACUCAUAAUCUCUUUACACAUACUGCAGCCUGGCUCCUGUGAGAUUAGCAUUCUGUAA